AAAAGUGGAAGACAAAAAACGAAUGGUUGGUAUCCUAUUCUUAUAUUUAGAUUUCUUUGUUUUCUCAUAAUAAAUCAAGAACACUGGGUAGUUAUCAUGCUAUCAAAUUUUGACAUGUGAUGCAUUUAAACUUUCACAAGUUCUUGGAGAUUUUCGUGCAUGAGUAUAGAUGUUAAAAGAACAAGUUAUAGUCUCGAAAUUAGUUAUGUAGUGACAUUUAAAAUUUACAAGCAAUCCUCCAAAAUUUACGGUUUCUGUGGUAGUGGAUGGAUGAAUACGGGUACAAUGGUAUUAACAAACAUCUCAAAAGGAGCCAGCUAAAUUCAGUAAACAAACAAGGAACGGUUUGUGUGUCACUAUCUCGACGGUUGGGAAAGGGUUUGAAACAGUUUAGAAUAUUUACAAGAAAACAUACCGUUGUACGCACCGAAUUCGGUCACAGCUUCUACGAACUCGUCAAGAAUAAGUAAAGCACAGCAUUCAAAUAUCUUUAUGUUUUAAUGAAAACAUAUUUCGGUAAAAAGACGUCUUUCUCAAAGAUGACCUCACAAUAAAAAGUGAAGAUAACGGACAGAAGAAAAUGGAAAAUUGCUACAUAGAUAUGGGAAGUUUAACUAUGAAGAGUUGACGAUAUCUCAAUAUCCAAGUGAACUCGAAAGAAAAGAAACCACAGAUGCUUAAUAUUUGAAUAGUGUAUUGAAUAUAGAUGUUAACGGCAAACCAACAGCUCAACUUUAUGACCAAAAUUCUUAAUGCACAUCAUCAAUACUACUACAAAUGCACUGUGAAUUAAGAAGGCUCUCAUUUGAAAACUAUGGAGGGAUUAGAUGGGCAAACCAUUUACCCUCCAACGAACACUAAAUUUAAAAAAAAGUACCCGGUAGCAAUACUACAGCAAGGGAGUUCGAAAUGGCUGUAAAUUUCAAUAUGAUCUAGAGUUACCCACAAAGACGGCAGAAGAGAACCUGCAAGCUUCAGUUUGGUACAUGUAUAUAUCAGACAAAUGAAAAUAGAAACUGAAAACCUCGGACUGACGGACGCACGGGACGUACAGACAUUGACCAAAAUAGCUCCCAUGUAAAGGUGAGCGUCUGAAAUUCAUCAUCAGAAUUUCAAAAUAUCCUAUAAAAUGAAAAAAACAUAAUCCUACCUUAAUUUAACCCCUUGGGUGGAGUCAUUACCACUCACUUCAACAUAUUUACCCAAGAAGGCAUGUUUUGUGCAAUUUAGCUAAUAUUGACAGUGUUUAGAGAGAAGUCGAAAAUGAUAAACUAUAAGAAGGACAGAAAGCAAACACAAAGAGUUUCCCCUUACAUAUGUGACCAUUCUGGUGUGUCGCUUCCCUCGCCCUCCAGCCUCGGCUAAUAGCGCACCAAGUUGAUCAUGGUCCUUCAAAAUAAAUUUCUGAAUUAUCACCACAUCUAUAUGAAAAUGUGAAGAUAGUGAAGAGUGACCAUAACUCCUAUACUGAAUACAAAACACUGCGAGUGAAAAUUGUGUAAUUCAUAUUCACCAAUGGUGUAAUAACCGAAAACAUCCCGGAAGCCAAUCACUUAAGGCUACUGAAUCUAGAGGUCCUUUUUAAACGUGAUAUGAAGAAGACUCUUGAGAUGAGUGGUUAAAGAUUUAUUUCGUUUCUGUCUGCACAAUCAGGAGUAAGAAUGACUGAUGUACCAGUACAACUCAUUUAUCUCUUUAAUAACCAGACCCAGAACAGAUCAAAGGGGCUAUAUGAAUGGUCUAGAGUGGAUGUUAUGGAGUUGGACCGACGCAUGGCCUCAACUCUUCUUCCAGUGGUCGUUUAUGUUGCUAUCUUAAUGGUCCUUGGCAUCAUAGGCAAUGUUGUCGUCUGUUACAUUUACAUCUUCAGGUGGAAGAGAACAACUGUAAAAUACUUUAUUGGAUCCUUGGCAGCGUACGACUUUGUCACAAGCAUAGUGUGUAUGCCUAUAGAAAUAGUGAUGCUUCGAAAUCCUGUGACCCUAAAUGACCCACAUCUUUGUAAGUUCCUACGGUUUAUUCGCUCUAUGACGUCAUUAGGAGCAGGAUUCAUGUUGGUAGUUAUCGCUGUAGACCGAUAUCUGCGGAUCUGCAAGUUAUCCAAACCUCAAAUUCAAGUCCCCUUAGCAAAGAAAUUGUGUGUAAUGACUGGAGGAAUUGGAUUACUGUUUUCCUGGCCAUGUCUUAUAUUGUUCGGGCAGUUCAACAGAAGUAGAUCCCCGAUUGCGGAGACAUCGUGUUCGGUCGACACAACAUUGAAUGACACGCCCUAUCCAGCCGUCUACUAUAGCGUCGUGUCCGUGCUCUUUUUCGUUAUUUCAUUGUGCCUUCUGACUUUCUACUCCUUAAUAUUGACCAGACUGUGUAAAAUGCCAGUUCUCACGAAAGGUAAGGCAAUGAAUUCUAGGAAUGAGACACAUACUACCUAUAUUAUCUCCUCCUCCUCCUCUUCAGAAGGUUUUCCCGACAAUUCCAGAAAACUCAACACAAAACUACCUGAAGAUGGUUCCAAAAGCAAAAUGACUCCUACAUCUUCCAGUAAUGAGAUAUCUCUUCGUAGAAUAUCCUCCCUAUUUGAUGGAAAACUUUUCGGAAUUUCUCCAAACAGACAGUCUUCCGUUCCAAUUCAAGUCAAAAGAACAAGUUCUGUAAUGUUUUUAAUCACUCUCAUCCAGUGGCUUAGUUUUUUGCCGUAUUUUGCACUUCUUUUCGUUACGUCAUUCAACAAGGAUUUUCUGCAGACUUUAACAGAAGUUGAUCAAGUAUUUUACAACAUUGGAAUACUGUCUCACUUCCUUAGUAGUGGAAUUAAUCCUUACAUGUAUGGAUUUUUCGGUAGGGAUUUUAGAAAAGAGUGCAAAAAAGUCAUUAUGUCAAUCAAAUUGUAAGAGGGAAUAAUAGACUUGUGUAUAUUUAUCUUUCAGAAACAAUGACAGAGGGUACAUGGCACAACGGUAUGCCAAUAUUUGGUGCUGUCAACAAAGUGAUAGGUCAAUUAAACAGUAAUAUUUACAAGUAUACUUUAUGAAUAAGACAAAAGCAACCAUUCAAUGAAAUUACAUGACAAGUACACUGGAGUAUUAAAACACAUUAAAACACAUUUUAUAUACUCAUCAAAUCCAAUUGUGAAGAUGUCAAUGGAAAAGACUUAAUAAAUCUUGUACUUGCAGUAUCCUUUUCUUGUUUAGCUGAGGAGUACUAAUUAUUUCUUCAAACUGUUACAGCACACGUUCACAUCACAGGACUUGCCGUCAGGAGUUAUAUGCUGGAUCCUUGUUUACUUGUAAUACUGUUUAUCACUUCGUCGUCGAGGGCUCACUAAAUCCGCAAUCUUACAACAUUUAGAAAACACUCCGUGUUCCACUUACAACUCUUGUAAACUACAAAACACAAUGUUUUGGGAUGGGAAAAACUUAUAAGUGAAUGUAUUUGCUGUGUUAGCGGAUUUUUAAACGAAAAUAAAAGUAUUAUCAUGAUUA